AUGAAAUAUGGUCUCAUUAGACUUUGCAGGGUUUUUCCAACAGCCAAUGUUUUGACGAGGGGAGCAUCUGCCCAAUCAACAUCUGAUGAGUGGAAAACCAACAUGGCACUUCGCACGUACAACCUCGGUGAUAAAACCAUGGUUACAGUCCAGACCAGCACACACACGUUCCGUGUGGACCUUGGAAGGCUUUCUGACUGUAGCGAGUACUUCCGAGCUUUGUCCCAGUCUGGAAUGAGGGAGACAGAGGACUGCCUCGUCCACCUGGACCAUGUGUCUUCAUCCGUCUUUUAUCAUCUAUUGGAGUUUUGCUUCCAUGACACGUUUGAGAUCCCGUCGGAGGAGGAGUUAGGCCCAUGUAUACAGGUCAGCAGCUACCUCCUGGCUGAGGCCUUCCUCUCUAAGUGCCUGUCUGUCCUGGCGGAUGUCCUGCGGCCAGAGAACUGUUUUUCCUACCUGAGCCUGGCUCAAGAGAUUUGCUGCUUGGAGCUGAGGUCCACCGUGUUGGCAUACCUGAGUAGGAACCUUCUGGAGCUGCCUCAUCUCAUCAGGAGUCUGACCAAUGAGGAGGAGGAGGAGCUUAUUCUACUGAGGAUGCAGGGGAAGCCACAUCUCUGCAGCCUUAGGAAGGAGAACCUAACAUCUUGGAAUGAUCCGGUGACAGAGUAUGCGCGAUAUGUAUUCGCCGAGCAAAGGGGAGCGUGGCAUCCAAUCACAGAGUUCCCCUUCAGAGCUGAUAAGUGGUGUUUCACUGCAGUGGUGUUGUACAACUACUUGUACAUCAUAGGAGGCUACAGGACACUCCUGAGGAAGAGGUGGGAGUUCAAAAUGGCCACAUUUAGGUAUAAUCCUUUGACUCAGAAAUGGGCCUCCGUUGCUCCACUCAUUAAGCAUAGAAGGCACUUCAGUGCAGUGGCCUGCUGUGGACGUAUAUAUGCAGUAGGCGGCUGGUACUUGGACUCCCUGGUCACGCCAGACUCAAGCACCGCCCUAUACACAGCUGUAGAAUGUUAUAAUCCAUGGGAGGACACAUGGAGGUUUGUCUCAUCACUGCCACUCACAGACUUCCAGUUCACCAUGUCUUUGUCUCACGACGUGCCCCUGGCCACCAGUCUGGGACACUGUCUUUAUGUCUUGGGGAGCAUCCAGAGGACAGGAGAGAAAUUGUUGCUGCAGUACGACACGAGGCAAGACUCGUGGUCUGAGAUGCUUCCUACACUUACCAGAACAGAUGCAGAUCUUCCAACGCUUUACUUUCUGGGUGCCUCUUCUGAGAAGCUGCUUGUGAUUGGUGGCAGCAAUUCUCAUAACGUGAUGACGUCCUUUUGUGUGCGCUCACACAAAUGGGGGCAGGUGCACGAGCUUCGGAAAGCAGCCUUGGCCGGACAGGGGACCAUUUUAGGCGGCCAGGUUGUGAUGCCCAGUUUAGAACAAAACACUGUAGUGACGAUGGAUCUAGAAACCCUCAACAUCAGAACCUUUCCUCCUCUUCCUAUCUCUGUUUGCUAUGAAGCGCUCGUUUACCUUCACUUUUGACGACACAGUCUACUGGCUGUUUAUGCAAUACUCCACUGAACUUUCACCCACUUCAGUAAUUUCAACUUUGCUCUAAAUUACACUGAUGUAUAUUGUAAUAUCUCAUAUUUUACUUUGUCAUCUGCUUGAAUAAGGCAUCUUUGUAAUGCAAACAUUGUAAUUAUAAUAAUUAAUAAUGUCAUAUUUUUUUAAACAUACUUUAUAUAUUCUGCCUUUUUGUGUUCUGGGUGUGAUUUUUUCUCAUUUUGUGGACACUUCUUCAAUAUAAUGUCUCAAUAAUGAGCCCACAACACUGCUAUCUUUAUCCCUUAUGAUGGUCGCCAAAGUUGACUGGCUUAUACCAAGCAUGCAGCCAAGGUUGGUUGGCAUGUUUUCAUUUUUAGUGUUUAAUUUUGCUCGAAGACAGCUGGGAUAGGCUCCAGCACCCCUCGCGACCCUCGUUAGGAUAAGCGGUAGAAAAUGAAUGAAUUAAUUUCACUUCAGUUUUCACUUUUCCUUUCUUUUUCUUUGACACGGCCACCAGAUGAGUCUUUCUCAUGUUUGGGGAGACAUGAAGGGAAAAAGUUAAUGUAAUGGCCACUUGCUAAUCAAUUUAAAUUUGUGUAAUGAUCUGAAAUAUUUAAGUGUAACAAACAUGCAAAACAAGAAAUUAGGAAUGAGGGGCCCCAAACACUUUUCACACUACUAUAUACUUUAUAAAUAUAUGAAUAAAAUAAGUAUAUAAACAGCAUUAAAUCACACAAAUCAUUACAAAAAUCUAUUACCGUAUUUUCUGCAAGGUGCACUUAAAAAUAUCGACAGGUGCUUUUUUAUCCCGUGUGCCUUAUGUCUGCACCAUUUUCAAUGGGGUACACCCUGGACUGGUCGCCAGCCAAUCACAGGGCACAUAGACAACAAUUC